AAUCUAUUCCCUCUCUGUAUUUUUCCCCUGUCUCUUUCCCUCCCCCAGUAUCUCUCUCCUGCUGACGUCUGGCUGCUGACUCUCCCCCUCCGUUUUCUCCCUCUGCCCCUCUCUCCGCCUCUCUCUCUCUGUCUGUCUGUCUGUCUGUCUCUCUCUCGGUGCUGCCGCCUCGCUUCAUUUGCCGCCUCGCUUCAUUCGCCUCCUCGGCUGCCGGAGCCGGUGCCGGGCUCGCCGCCCGCUCUCCAUCACUCGUCGCCACCGCCUCCUACUCCAGCUCGCCGCCUCCGCUCGCUUCGUGGACCCAGAUUUUUGACCAAGAAGGAAGAUCAAACUUUCAUCAGAACUUUGCCAAACUUUGAUCUGCAGCUGGUGACUAAUAGAUUUCCAUCAUCUGAUGAUUUUCGUUAUUUUCAUUUAAGACAACAGUCAAACUUGACAUCCUUUAAGGAUUUAUAUCCAAGUGAUUAUAAAAUUGAAGAACAGCUUAAGCAGACCAAUUCCUCCUCGGGAUUGCAAGCUAAUUCACCUCAGAAGCUUGACCUGCAUAGGAGUACCAUUUGCUCCAUGAUGUUUACUUGUUAGAAGAAGUAUUACCAUAAUUUAUUUCUGCUUGAACACUAAAAAAGACUGAAGAGUGCUUCCCUCAAAACAAAAGAGAAGAGUUUCAAAAUAACAACAAAGGAAAAGGGCCCGAAGCAAAAGUUUGAGCACCCUGCAUGGCAGUACUUAGUAACACCCCCUUUGAAAAUUGACUUGCUAAAUAAGCAGCAACAAUGUCAACAAACAACAUAGCUCAGGCAAGGAAAAUGGUGGAACAAUUGAGGAUUGAAGCUGGUAUUGAAAGAAUCAAGGUUUCAAAGGCAGCUGUAGAUUUGAUGAACUACUGUGAGCAGCAUGCACGGAAUGACCCAUUGCUCGUCGGCGUUCCAGCCUCAGAAAAUCCCUUCAAGGAUAAAAAACCUUGCACCAUCCUAUAGCUGCUGCCAGCCACCUUUACGCAAACUGACCACAGCAUCAGAAGACCUGCCAAGAAUUUCUAUUGGUAAUCAGACCUUGAGAAGCAGUGCAGCUUCUGAAAUACAGGCCUGCUGUGGAAAUGUGUUUUUAAAAAAGGAAAAAAUAUUGGAUUCUGUUUGUUUGUUAGCUAAGCAUGUUUCUCGAAAUGAAGGAAAGAAGAUAUGAUGGGGAAGAGCAAUGAAAAAGAAUUGCUAUUUUGGACUUUCAUGAUAGAUUUUCUGAUUGUAAUAUUAAGAUCUUAGGUUUAAAAAAAACUAACUCAGCAAAGAUAAUGUCUUUGCCUAAAAAUUCUAUAAAAAUGAAAAGUGUAUAUGUAAGGAGUGUACAUUUGGAGGGUGAUAAUACAGUUUGGGCAAUAACAUAUUAGAUGAAGAGAAGCAAUUGAAUGCUUCCAUUGCAUUUUUAAAUGUCACAUUGUUCAUUUUUAUUAUCAUUAGUAACUGUACUGCUAUUAAAAAAGUAGUUUUUCUUCCCCCUUCCUUUUAAAUUCCAUAUUUACACCACCAAAGUACUGGCCAAGGGAAAACAAUGUAAAUAAUGUUCAAUCUGUUCAUUCCUCAUCUGUUUUCCUUAAAAAGACCUGGUGGUUGUGAAGUAACCAAAAAAAAUCUUUGUACUAUCAGAUGAUUCACAUUUAUUUGUGGUAAACAGUAUUACAUAGAAUUGCAAAUUUUUGUUCUGCAAAUGCAAAUAUUUCAUUCCCUUAAAAAAUGACACCAUAAGUCCCAUUAAAAAUCAAACAUUCAUACCACAAAUAUGGAUAUUGGCAACACGUACUUUCUGUCCAUUGGAACAUUUAUUUUUUUUUGCUUCACUUUACAGAACAAAACAUCCAACAAGGCCAAGCUUAACAUUUAAGAGUGUAUGCAUACCCUCUGUUAAGCUUCUGUACUAAACUGUAUUAUAGCUCAUCAUAAAAUGUUUAACUAAUUAUAUAUUGUUAAUUUAUAACUCUUGAAAUAAUUCAUAUUGAUUAUUUCUGUUUGAAGCUAAAGUUCUAAUCCAUUAUUUGCAGCAUAUUACUUCUACCAACAGUAUUCACUUGCUAUGUAAAGAAUCUGUUCAGUAGCAUAUCAGCAGCUACAGAAUGAUAAAAAAAAACUUCUUGACAUGUCAGUAAAAACCUAAAGCAAAGACAAAGAUUAGGUAGCAAAUGUUUGAUCAUGUGACAAUGAGCUACAGCCUUUCACUUGUCCUUGUACAUUAGAUCAAACCUCCUAAGGAAUGUAAAUCGUAGUUGUGUGCCAAAAACCAUGAAAAUGCCAAGUGAUUUAUGUCAUUGAGAAGUGCUGGAAUUCUUGAGAACCACAAAUUUUUAUAUAUAAAAAAGUUAUCUUGGAAGGCAAGAGCUUAAACACUUGUCACGUUUUUUCUGUUUAACAUAUUUAAGCAGAUUGCAUGUGCAUUGUUCUAUCAGCUGCCUUGAUAUGUCAUCUCAUGAAUGUCACAAGUUACUCUGUGACAAAAUGCAAUAUAGUUACAUCUUAAUGCCCAGCAAUUAAUUUCUCGCAUUAAAAUCAAACCAUUUGAAAUCACAGUUAUGUAAAAGAGAACUCUUUAAGACUAUUCUUUUGUUCACUAGUUUUAUGAUGGACAGUAGAUUUUUUGACACAUAAUAAUAUUGCAGAGACAUGCCAGUGCCCCGCCACCUUUGCUUAUUCUCUUUCAAUCCUUUUUGGUAUUUUUUACAGUGCCUUUUUAAUUUUGGGAAAAUAAAAUGGAAAAACCUUUGUUAUCUUACAUUAGUUAUUAAAUUUACAAUCUUUCCUUUGAUAUUGCCAAAUCAAGGAUCUAUUCCUUAAAAAAAACAAACUCGCUGGAAAUUUGAAAGUUAUUGAGUGAGAUUUUCUCAAAUUCCUCUACAUUGACAUUUGAAUUUUAAAAAUAUACCCAUGUAUUUAUGUUCCCAGUUGUGAUUGCAGAUUUGCAUCUUUGCAUUUUUAUUCAAUAUAAUCUUGUACAUACAGACUUAUAGCUAACCCUUCUGUGAACGUAAGUUGCCUGGAAGGUUGAAAAUAAUUGGAAUUGUACAUUGAUGUUGUAACAUACAGUGCCAUAGAGCUAUAGGUCUCAACUUUGAACCUCAUGAGUUGUGAUGCAACGCUAACUUCAAAGUGGUGUGCUGUAAAGGUUCUAUAUGAAUGACAGAUUUUUUACUGAGAAAUCUACAGGUGAACAUGUACAAGUUAUUGCCAAAUUUCUCUCAAAGGUUGCAUUGAAAUAGGCCUGGGACCAGGCCACUUCACCUCCCUUCUGUGCAGUAAAUCAUACAGUGCAUAGACCCAAAGAGGAGCAAGUAAGAAAAUAUUCCUUUCUCUGUCCAAAAUGUUGAUUGUAAAGUAAGAUAUAACAUACACUGUAUACUUUAGGUUAUCACCCUCAUUCAAGGACCAUCCGUUAAAGCUCAUCCAGAAUGCUCAUCUGAUGCUCCUUGACUUUCUAAAAUAGUUCCAUGGCAAAAUUGGUGGGAAAACAUUUUCUAUUCAGAUUUCAUCACUUCCUCCUAAUGUUUCUUACUCUUUGUAAAUAUAUUAUGGCAUUACCACCUUUCCCUAGUUCAGCUAGUUGGGUGAUGGCAUUGGAGUCACACCAGAAGUGCCAUUGCAAAUUGCAAAUGACAAGAUCCUUGUGAGGAGAAAAUUAGGUAGUUACAGUGUUGAGGAAAAUGUAUCAUUAAAUGUAAGGACAUUUACACUGAGAUUGAUAGAAUUGAAUUAACCUGUUGCCCAAACAUAAAAUCCCACUGGAAAUGUCUUUGUCUCUCAAUACUGUUUAAUCCUCAUACAAGUUUUUAAACCCAAGAUGACAAUAAUCUAGAAACCAGAUGGGCAACUUGGUCCACUUUGCAGUGUUAGAUGAAUUAGACUCUUGAACUCAACUCAUCCUUCAGAAAAUCUGACACUUAUUUGAUAAUUCCAGUAAAUAUUCUAUCAAUCUUGCUAAAGUGAGUUUGCCAUAGCGUUAUGCAUUACUUUAAUGCUUCUCCAAAAGAAUGGGAUUGGGAAUAUGUUUACAUUAUUUGUGAAUGUAUUUGGGAAACCUCCUGAUCCCAGACAUAUGCCAUGUUGUUAUUAUCUUCUAGGAAAUUAUCCAUAGGGUUUGUUUUUGACAGAUCAUCUGCCCUUAAUGACAGUUGAUGCUGCCAUGCUAUCAGCAAUAUUGAUAGCCAAGGCAUUGGAGAGUAUUACUGAAUCACUCAUUCUCAGUACCAUUUAUUGUGGGAUAUUUUCCUCAACUCUGAAACAGAAGUAUUUCUUCAAUGUUAAAACAGUAUUAAUAAUUUUCUUUAAUAGAUAUCAUGGUAUAAUGAAAGUAUGUGGAGAACAAAUUUUGCAUUAACUUUGUAAAGAGAGGAAACAGUGUAAAAGAUCCAAAAAUGAAAAGAGAUAGUUGAUUGAUCAACAAAAGAGAAAAAAGGUCUUGAAUUCAUAGAGUAUCUUUCAGGACAUAUGGACGUGCCAAAGCGUUUUAAAGUUAAUGAAAUAUUUUCAAUGGUUCGAACUAUAAGUUGCCAUUAUAAAAUAAGGUUAUGCUGCACCAAAUUGUGAUUACCCUUGAGAUAAUAGCAAAUAAUUACUUUUUUGUGCUAUUAAAUGAGAGAGAAAUAUUGAGCAACAAAGAGAAGAACUCUAAUGCUUUUCUUGAAAUAAUGGCAUGGGUUUUCUUAUGUCCACCUUAAGAGCCCAGAUGUUUUUUUUUCAUAUGAUAUCCCAUCUGAAAUGCAGCACUCCUUCAGUAUUGCACUGAAUUAUUAGCUGAGGUGACAUAUUUAAGUUUCUUGGCCAAAGCUUGAAUUUGGUACUUUCUGAGUCAGAACUGAGAGUACUACUUCUCAGCUAAGAUUGACAAAUCAAACCCCUAAAAUUAGAUAGUUUUCUCCAAAAAAAACAGAAACCUAGUUCACCCAAUAUUAUCUUCAUAUCAUUGAACUCAAUUUUUCUUUUGACAGUGCAAAACAGAAAAGAUCCAGUAUUUGGUGCUUUGAAUUAUCGUUGGUUCAACAACCUGCUCAUUACCUUCUCUCUUGUUGUGCCUUGAAGGACUUCCUAAAUUUACAAUGAAAUCAGUUCUGUCAGCAGUCAGUCAACAGUGUCUGUUUUUCAUCAAAACCUUAGCAUGUAAGAAGAGCUUCAACCUACUUGCUCAACUUUUUAUAAAAGCCCUUUCCCUAUAUUAAAUAAAUCUUAACUUGAUGAAAUCUAAACUUUACAUUGUUCAAUAUCAGAUCAAUAAUCACAUUUGACACAGAGAAUUCUGUGGAAUAGAGCAUUGCAUCUUGCCUUCACAAUGGUAAAGUUCUUAAAUAAAACUAAACUCUGGUUAUUUCAGACGUACGCCAAUCUUAGGAAUUAUUGUACUUUGAAUUCUGAACAUUACUCUUGAUUUCCCAGAAGUUAGUUCCUUGAUCCAUUCACAGCAGGGGGACAGAAAACAAAAAAAGCUCAAUGGUCCCCUCACUCAGUUACGGCCAACUAGAUCUCUUUGAUAGAAUUCCUUGAUUGCUAUGUUUUAUCCACUGACAUCAAUUGCUCCCUCUACCUGAGAGACUAACGUAGUCCAAAGGAAGUUCACAAGGCUAAUUCUGGGGAUGUAAAUGUUGUCCUAUCAAAAGAGGCUCUACUGAUUAGGUCUGUAUGCCUUGGAGUUUUGAAGAAUGAGGGUGACCUUAUUCAAACCUGUUAAUAUCCUAAGGGAAUUGACAAGUAAAUGUUGAGAUGUUUCCACCAUCACAAACAAGGAGACAUAGCUACCUAACAAUGGCCUGGUCAUUUAAAACUGAGGUGCAUAGAAAUAUUUUCUCAGCCAGUAAUGUAUCUCUUGGAUUCUCUGCCCCCAAGAGUGGUGGAGGCCAGAUCAGUAGAAACAUGCAGUAUACCAUAGGUGGCAGUAGAGAAAUAUCUGAAAGAUUGAAAAGCUGAGGAUUUUGGAGAACUGCUCCAAUUUUCUUGUGUUCCUGUGAUUUCUUCUUUCCAGUGGAAUCUGUAGCUCAUUAGAAGAAGUACUUGUCAACUUAUUUGUAUAGUUAGGUACUGUAAGUAUUCUCCACAGCACAAAAACAACCUUGUUGGAUCAAACCACACUGGGACAUUAAGUUUCAGGAAUUGCAGUAAUAGGGGGAGGAAACAGUAAUUGCCACUAUUUUUCCCCCCUCGUUUCAAAUGCCAGGUCACUUGGGAAGGCAAAUCUUUACCACAAACCUAUGAAGAAAUUGGUGAAAGCCAAAAUACUGACAUGAAAAUACUAAUAGAACUGGUUUCCAGUGCUGGUCAAGGCAGCAAAUCAUCUUCAUUACUGUGCCCAGUUUGGGAAUCUUCCCGUGAUCCUCUGCAUAAUCCACCUGAUUCCUCUUUCUUCCUCGCUGGCUUCAUUUAUGUAAUUCCACAGAGCUUACUAUUAUAAAUAAUGAAGAUAGAUUGUACAGACUUAGCGAAGUGGGCACUCAGUGUUUAAUUUUCUUCUUAUUUUUUGUUAUCAACUUAGCUUGUGUAUCUGCAUGAGCACAACUCUGAAAAGAAACAGAUCAACUAAAUCACAUAUUGACAAAGGGGUAAAUUCAUCUAACUGUUGAAUGUUAGACUGGAUGCUCAUGGUUCUGUCCAGUUCAUUUUCAUGGUCAAUAGUUUGUAAUAAAGGAAAAAGUAUACAAGCUUUUUCAAAGUGUCCUUCUUAGAAGCACCUGACUACGAAGGUGAGGCAGUGCAUUCAGAAGCUUUCAAUAAAACAAGACAAUUUUGAUCAUUUAAUUUUACGAUGUAGCUGGCAUGAUGGAGCUUUACAUGUUCAUUUAUAUUCACCAUCCCAGUCCUAACCAGUACUGAAAGGCUGGCUGGAAGCAUCACUAAAGCCAAGGUUAACCCUAUCUGAAUAAUCUUUCCUCUUACUGGUUUAAAGUUUUGUCACAAUAAUUGAGCAUGGACUUUAAUGGGAUAAAAUCUAUCCACCCUAGAGGAGGGACAACAGUACGGAGGCAGAGCAAUGGACAAAAGGAUCAUGAUUUAAACAAGUUUACUUUGCAUUUUAAUGCUCUUCCAAAAGCUUAGAUUCAGUAUCUAUGGUUAAAGAUCUUUGGUAACUGUUUUAGCUGUAGGCCCUAGUAACUGCUCUAAGUUCAGAUGCAAUGUACCUGAAUUUGCCAUCUAGCUUGGACUAGGUAUUUGUUAAAGAGGGUUUCCAGAGCUCGUAUAUUUGAAUUCAAGCAAACUAUCUAAUUUCAGAAAUAAUAAAAUAGAUAAACCUUGUUUUGAAUGUUUUAUUGAAGUGUUGUCUCCUUUGAAAAAUCUUAGAAAUUUUCCUGCUUACCUACAGUGGAUAAUCAAUUGUACAAAAUGGAUGGGUGUAUCUAAAAGAAUCGUAACCAUAAAGAUACACCAAUCUCUUUGAAGAAGCCAUGUUUUCGGCUUUGUAAACAUUGUGUAUAACACAAUUAUCAGUAAGUUGUAUAAUGAGUUUAACUAAUCACUACAGUGUACUGUAUUUUUCAGUUAACUACUAUAUGCUUAAUAGCCUGAUGAACUCAUUGUGAUAUUAUAAAUAAUGACAGACUGUCUCUGCUGCUACUUAUGAAUAUUGUACACAGGGAUAAUGUGUGUGUUAUUUUAGAAAAAUGAGAAGCUUUAGGGCCACUUUGUAGAUGUAAUGGAAUUUUGUUUUGCCUUUUAUACACCCUCUCAGCAGAUGCCUUCAUGAUUUUGAGUCCCCCUGCUUCAUUUUUAAUUUCCUGAUGAGCUUCAAGAUACCAAAUAACUACUCUGAUCUGGGAUGCAAGAUUGGUGACUUGUGGUUUGGUCUGAGUAGUCCCAGGACAUCUAGUUGUGAGGUACAGCUCUUGUGGAGGAUGGAGACCUGGGUACUGUGCCAGUCCUGCUCCUCCAGGGGCUUCAAAAUUAAUGUAACACCUGAAUUGCCAAGUCUCUGAAGAUUGUGAAGUGCAAACUCCAACUUGCUCUAUUCAAAAACAGCAGCUGGGGUCCUACUUCAAUCAUAGGAUUUCCCUGUUGAAAGAAUCAGCUGCCUUGGAUAGGCAGGUACUUUGGUCGCUCAGUGGCUUCCUUAAAAAUGGAGUCAGUAACAAGGUAACGGUAAUGCACACAUAUGGGAGGCCCUACGGUCUAACACCUGCCGUCUGACACUGUGAAAUUUCAUCUACGUUUAAAAUCAUGCAGCAAUCGACUGCUUCCCAACCGUAGGAGACUAAGGACACUGAGUAUUCCAAGAAAAACACUUUACUCAAAUGUAUGUAUGAAGUAACCUGAGUCACAAUAGUGCCAAACACAAGGCUGAUCAAUUAGGAAUAAUUAUGAAAUUAAGUGAACACAGACCCAAGCUCUGAGUGAAACAGACUUUAAUCCAAGCCAUAUUUUACCUUGAUUCCAAUGAAUGAAAGUAUAUACACAGAGUAUUCCUGAAAUGACCACAAGUGUAUUGCAUUAAUAAAACUGAAAAGAAUUUGUAGUGGAAGGAAGAAAGUAUCCAAAAUGCCAGCAGUUAUGUGUAUGCUUUUUGCAUACAAGCUCUUCUAAUGGCCUCCAGGUAGCCAAUGAUACAUCUGUGUUUUAACUAAAUUAUACUUCUCAUUUACAUUUCACAACAUAAGAAACUGUGGUUUUUAGUGUUAAUUUUUUAUAGCAUAUCAAGCUAAAAGUCUUUUUACUUUGAGUAUUCACCUGUGUGUGUAUUCUGAAUGCAUAUAUAAGAAUAUGUACAAUUAAAACACAAUUAGGAUAAGAUAAUUAUUUGUAAUCUGUAGCCGUGUACCUUGUAUUAAGCCCCUUACUGAAUGUGCUUUGUUGCUUCUCUGUAUGUUAUUUGAUUGCUAUUAAAGCUAACAUUUAAGGGGUUAGAUUAUUACAAAAUGUUUUCACCUUUUAUUCUAGCAGUGCUGUAUGAAUUGUGAAUUGUGCUUGCUCUCUUGAUAUCUUUGUUGCCCCCUUUUAAUUAUAUUGUUAACACCCUUAUCGCACAAUGUUUCAAGUGUUGUACAAUUUUGAAGGAUGACUUGAUUGAACUCCAAAGCGUUCACACAUUAUUUUAAUAAAUUAGGUUUUUAAGA